CCGCGCGCAGACCCCGUAGGAGCCGAAGGCGGGAGUCACCCGCGGAGGGGAAUGGCUCAGCCACGGGACUGAUGCCCUUGGCCAUGACGCACCCCCAGCUGCUGUCUGCCCAGGCACAGCCUGCGUGACCGGGCCAUCGCUGCUCCAGCUGUUUCACGUCACCGUUCCCUUUAUGAAUUUUGAUGGAGCAUCGGGCGGAUGACAGCGGGAACGGUUGUGAUCACUGGCGGAAUCCUAGCUACGGUCAUCCUCCUCUGCAUCAUCGCUGUCCUCUGCUACUGUAGGCUCCAGUAUUACUGCUGCAAGAAGAGCGGAGCGGAGGAUGCCGACGAGGAGGAGGAGGCGGAGGAGGAGGAGCAUGACCUGUGCGCGCACCCCAGAGGCCCCACCUGCAAUGCCUGCAGCUCCCAAGCCCUGGACGGCCGAGGCAGCCUGGCGCCUCUCACCAGCGAGCCCUGCGGCCAGCCGUGCGGGGUGGCCGCCAGCCGCUGCGCCACCUGCUCCCCCCCGUACAGCUCCCCCUUCUACAUACGGACGGCCGACAUGGUGCCCAAUGGGGGCGGAGGCGAGAGGCUCUCCUUUGCUCCCAUGUACUACAAAGAGGGGGGACCCCCAUCCCUCAAAGUGGCAGCGCCCCAGAGUUACCCGGUGACGUGGCCAGGCUCCGGGCGUGAGGCCUUCACCAAUCCAAGGGCUAUUAGUACAGACGUGUAACCCCUUUCACCCCGAUCCCCCACAACGCACACCAGGGCUGCUGCCCCACGGGAGCACUGGGGGCAGCGGAAGAACCCUCCACGCCCACGAGGACUGUCUCAGUGUUUCUGGCUUCCCUUGCCCCUCUGUGGAAGGCUCACCUGGAUUCAAGCUGUUAAGGCCGUCAAGAACCAGGGCAGGGCCUGGCCCCCCGGCCCAGAGGUGGGGGCCUGACAGGUCAGGGUGGCAGCUUGGCCAGUUUCUCUGCUGGGACAUUCUUGUGGCCAGUGCCAGCACCGCCACUCCUCUCUCACUCCCCUCCGUCCCCUGGCUUUGCUGGACUGUGAAAAAAGGAACACCAGGCAGAGCUAAGCAAAGGCUCCUGAGGCUUCCGGAGUCCUUGCGGGAGGAAAGGAGCCGGUGGGGCAAAGGGCGAGGGGAGAGGCGAGAACUCAGGCACUGCAGAACUUGAGAAGGGAGAGGCUGGGGUGAAAGGGACCUCUUCGGGACUUGCUUGCUAAAACAAAUCCAAGAGCUAGUUCACAAUCUAGUUUUGUACUUUGGCUAUCAAAGAGACGGCAGCCCCUGUCGCUGUUCCAACUUGGAUGUUCCUUCCUGAACACACCCAUCUGUAACUGCCCCCUUCCUCGUGGAACAUGGUGACAGGACUUUAAAGGCCAUGGCAUGAGGUUAUUUGCGGCAAAUGCACCCCAAAGGUGACUAUCUCACCUUGUCUCCCCACAAAUCCUUUCUUGGCCUCGGGAGCCUGCUGCACCUGCUGGAGAACCUUUUCCAAGUUUAGUUGCUAGAGUUGGAGCAGCUUAGUGAGGGCGAUCUUGCUGGUGGUCUCUGGGGCCCUGGUCCACCAGGCUGAGCGCUGGGCGUGGACGCAGCCCUGUGAGGACAUGUGUGUCCCCAGGUGUGCACACACGCGCCUGUCCCCACCAGCACACACCGGGGCUUUGCCAUCUUCGGGAGCCGCAGAGUGGAAGGGUCUCUGAUGUACCAGCUAGAAAGAAAAAUCAGACUCCAGGCAGCGCGAGCAAACGGCGGUUAAGGUGGCAGCCAGUCUGCACAGCGACCAGCUGGCUGGCACAGGAGGAGCCCGCGGAGGCUCCCGUGGGACGAUGCUGUGGCGCUGAAGCCACGUAAGCCCCUCCAGACACCUGGUGUUCUACUUGGGCAGCCAGCCGUGAGGCCGUAGCGCAGGACCCCUUCAUUCCAGCAGGGACAGCAGCCUUUGUGCUGAUUGGGAGGGACCUGACUUAGCAAUCAAGAGUCCACGCUUGCCCUCCCUCCGCUGCCCCACCCCCCAGCCUCUGACGAGGGCCUCUUUAUUGCUGUGUCACUCAAGCCCCAAGUCCAACUCCCACUUACAGCUCAGCUGUGGCCUCGUGCUGUUUGAGUAAAUGCAUCUGGUGAGUUUUCCAGUUGCCUCUGCAGUAAGGGGGCUGCCCGCCUUCUAAGGCUCUCCUGAGUCACUGAAUGCUGCCGAGCGUGGGGCCAGAAGGGAGCUGGCCCCUCCGCUGAAAUCUUGAUUUUGCAUUUGAGGAAAGCAGGGUGUGGCCGGGGGAGGGGGAGGAGGAAGAGAAUUCACCAGGCCUUUUGCAUCACUCUGGGCCCUUGUCACCUCGCAUCUCGAUCUAUAAUCGAGGCUCACUGGGUUGAGAAUCAGAGGACCUGGGGUCCAGUCACACUUUGGUCACUCAUUAGCUCUAGGACCAGUCACUUACCUCCUCUGCGACCCUGUUUUCUCCAUGGAAAUAAGAUUUGCCCAGAUAAACUCUAAGGGCCGUUUAGUGCUCCACAAAGCCAAGACACCCCGAAAAGUUCUGCCAGCCAGACCACUCUCUCUUGUCCUAAUCCUGGCAAGGGCUGCACCUGCCAGCUGCCUGACCCUGGGUGCAGGGAUGCAUGCUGACGGACGAAGGACCACAGUAAAAUACAGGAUGAGCAAGCAAAACAAUUUUAAUUCUCAGUGAAAAGCAAACAUGUUUGACUCUCCUACUGAGUGACCUCGAAUGGUAAUAACAUUUCUCUUCUCUCGGGAGGCAGCUCUAGGUGGGGGUUAUGAGCUCUAUCUCAAAGCCGGGAGGGACCGGCUCAGGACAGCAGCCUCAACAUGCCCCAUCCCACCGCCAGCCCUUCCUGGACCAAGCACAUCCCCUUAACACGAGUUGCUGGGCCUGGCUGCCCUCACUGCUUCCUGAGAACCAGCCCCAGUGCCCUGCUGCCCUGGAAUUCCACAGCCAAACAACCCCAGCAGAGGCUGUCCCUCCUCACCCCAAAAUUAUAGUACAUCCUGCCUUUGGAGAAAUCAGGAGGACCCCGUCACCUCUCCCCUGCUCCUUGGCCCUAAUCUGUUGGGUCCCUGAGUGAAAAGCAUCUUGUGUAAUCCCGUCUCCUCUUAUGUGUAAUCCCAUCGCCUCUUCUAGCUUUCCCAGCCUAAAUCAACCCACAAAUCCGAAUCUGGGUUUGGGGCGUUGGAGAGAUGGCGGGCCGCGGCUGUCCCCCCACAGCCCCACAUUGCUCAUGGCACAGGCUCAAGAUGCCCCCACCCCACCCCCACCUCCCUGGCACUGCGAGGGCCUCGUCUGUGGAAGAGGAAGCUCCCCCCACUCAGCCGCACUGUGCUUUUUGGCCGCGGAGUCUGUGCCCUGGGACACCACUUGGACACUUUCCAACCUGCACCCUCAACAGGAAGAGGAGAGGCCGGGAGCGUCCGGUUCUCUCCACCGUUUCUCUCCACCUCGGCUGCACGGCGCCCGCUACAGACUUCUCGUCCCGCAUCUUUGAUAACUUGGAGUCACAACCAAGUCAAUGUCAAAAUAAA